AUGGAGUCCCUGAAAAUGCAAUUAACGCCAGAAUUUCAGCAAACCCAAUUGCAUUUCAUGAACAAAUUUUGUUCCAAACUCAAACCCACUAUUGAUAUCAGGUCCUUCUGUGCCUCUUCUCUUUCCCAAACCCAGAAUCUGAACAACCCUGAAAUCAUAGUUCCUGUCAGAAAGCGUAGGUCUGUGGCUUCUUCCAAUGAUCAACUCAAGGAGAAUUGGCUGGCUUCAAUCUCUUUCUCUACUCCAGGAAAUACCCAUCUUUUGAAUCAAGACAAAAUUCAGAGCUCCGGAUGGUUCCUUGGAAUCGACCCAGAUGUUUCUGGCGCUGUUGCGUUGUUGAAAAUCCAUGAUUCUGUCUCUUCUGCUCAGGUAUUUGAUUCUCCUCAUGUGCAAUUACUUGUUGGUAAAAGAACAAGAAGACGUUUAAAUGCCAAUUCUAUUGUUCAGUUGGUCCGUAGUUUUGAUGCUCCACCUGGAACCACUGCAUAUAUAGAGCAGUCAAUCCCUUUUCCAAAAGACGGAAAGCAGGGCUGGUGGAGUGGAGGAUUUGGGUACGGGCUGUGGAUUGGGAUCUUAGUUUCUGCAGGAUUUACUGUUGUUCCAGUGCCAUCUUUUACUUGGAAAGCUAAGUUUGAACUCUCUGGAAGCAAGACUGCAAAGGAUGAUAGCAGGAAACUUGCAUCCACAUUAUUUCCAUCACUGAGUUCCUUGUUAAGCAGGAAAAAAGAUCAUGGAAGGGCAGAGGCUUUAUUAAUUGCUGCAUAUGGCAAAGACCAAAACAAAAGCCAUGAACACUGA